GCCUUUGAGCAGGAUAGCUGUAUGGAGCUAGCGUGCUACCGAACUGUGCAGUUCAUUUUCGGGACCGCACGAUGAAGAACAUCAUGAAGUAUUAUAUACUUAUUCCACCUCAGCGUUUUGACAACAUCACUGGGAGCUAGGGGCGUCUUUUUUCCUACACGGCGGGUCCGUCCCGACCCCUCGGUGUCAUUGUUUGGAUGGAUUAACGUUAGAGCUAGCCCCUCUGUUUGAGACUUCCCGAGCGGGCACAAACGGGACACUCGGCUAGCCGCUGCUAAUGAUUCUGUUGGAACAUUAGCUUGGCAGCUAACCGGUUGGCUAACUGACAGAGUUGUUCGGCAUCGCUCAUCCGAUAAUUACCGGGCUCUGAAAAUAGCAGAUUUGUUGGCACGACCAUGCCUCCAAGGCCCUCCUCCGGAGAACUAUGGGGGAUGCACUUGAUGCCCCCCAGCAUCUUAGUGGACUGCCUUCUGCCAAAUGGCAUGAUUCUCACGUUGGAGUGCCUCCGGGAAGCCACGCUGAUCACAGUCAAGCAUGAGCUAUUCAAAGAGGCCAGGAAGUACCCGCUUUACCAUCUGCUGCAGGAGGAGAGCUCCUACAUCUUUGUCAGUGUAACCCAGGAGGCCGAGCGGGAGGAGUUUUACGAUGAGACCAGGAGGCUGUGCGAUCUCAGGCUCUUCCAGGCCUUCCUCAAAGUCAUCGAGCCAGUGGGAAACAGGGAGGAGAAAAUUCUCAACAGAGAAAUAGGUUUUGCGAUUGGAAUGCCAAUAUGUGAGUUUGAUUUGGUGAAAGACUCAGAAGUGCAGGACUUCAGAAGGAACAUUUUAAAUGUUUGCAAAGAAGCCAUAGACCUCAGAGACUGUAACGGACCCCACAGCAGAGCGCUGUACGUGUACCCCCCCAAUGUAGAAUCCUCUGUGGAACUCCCCAGGCACAUCUAUAACAAGCUAGAUAAAGGUCAAAUCAUUGUCGUCAUAUGGGUGAUUGUGUCACCCAGCAAUGACAAGCAGAAGUACACCCUGAAGAUCAACCACGACUACGUGCCGGAGCAGGUGAUCGCUGAAGCCAUCCGGAAGAAGACGCGCAGCAUGCUGCUCUCCCAGGAGCAGCUGAAGAUGUGUGUGCAGGAGUAUCAGGGGAAGUACAUCCUCAAAGUGUGCGGCUGCGACGAGUACCUGCUGGAGAAAUACCCUCUGAGUCAGUACAAGGAGAAAAUGGAAAUAGCCAACAUCGAACCGAAGCAGUCAAUACCACUCUCCAGAAAAGGGCUGAGAGGGACGCUGUCCGCCGCAGAGAGAGACUGA